CUGUGAGCAACUUUGCUUUGGUGAUUUGGUAAAGCUGAAGGUAGCUUUGUUGAUUUCUGUUGUUUUGUCUAUCAGAUUUAUUUCAUCGAUGGAUAGUUUGCUGAAUUAUGUAUCAAUGAAUUAGGAUUUCAAUUGAUUAUAUCCUUCCCUUCUUUUUCUAUCUCUAUACCUAAUUUAGACCAGUUCAUUCCUCCAUUAAACCAACUACAUUCACCAAUUAAAUGUGUGCCCGUAGAGGCAGAAUACCUCACCAUUCCCAUCAUCUUUAUCUUCAUAGACGAGAUGAAACCUACUCAUAUAUUAGUCCUUGUGUUAAAUAUUUCCUAUUUUUCUUCAAUCUCAUAUUUUGGCUUAUUGGUGGAACCUUUAUGGCCUUGGGGGCUUGGUCCUUCCUUGAAGAAUACCCGGAAACUGAUUUGGCAAAAUUUGAAAGCGUUUUAGAUAUUUUCAUUCAUGUCUCCCUGGCUCUCGUUAUUCUCGGAAUGAUCAUAUUCUGGAUGAGUCUUGCUGGGUGUCUAGGGGCUUUAAGAGAAAAUUUAUGCUUUCUUAAAUUAUAUUCAUUGAUGUUACUCCUUCUAUUCAUUGGUGAAAUAGUCCUAUCAACUGUUGCUUUCAUCUUCCCUAACACAGUUUCCUAUUUCCUGAAAGAUAAACUCUCGAAAGAUCCCAUCAUGAAAUAUAGAGAUGAUACCAACCUGCAAAACCUGAUUGAUGUUAUGCAAAUCAACUUUAAAUGUUGUGGUAUAUCAGAUCAAGGUUAUAAAGAUUGGAAUCGCAAUAUAUAUUUCAAUUGUAAUGAAUCUAAUCCAAGUCCAGAGAGAUGUGCUGUGCCUUUCAGUUGUUGCCGAAAUAAUAAAAACUUUGAUAGUGGUUUGAUAAACAGUAUGUGUGGUUAUUCUUUCCAGAAUAUCUCCUCGGUGGUUCAAGUAAAUAGAUUUAUUUAUACUCGAGGUUGUAUAGAAGCAGUGACGGAGCUUUUUGAAAAGAACAUGAAUUAUGUUGCUGGAGUAUGUCUUGCUUCAGCAGUUGUCCAACUUUUGGCAAUGUUUUUAGCUAGAUCUUUACAAGGACAAAUCAUGGCUCAACAAAGCAGAUAACGAAGACUACCCUCAUCAACAGUGUAAAUACUUAAAGCAUAUUUGAUAAAAUGUACAUGGAAGAAUCUUCAUUUAAUGUUCGAUGAUUUUUGAGAAAUCAUGACGAUUAUGGUACAACUUGAACAAGUCGCACUUUCAGAAUGGUGUAUUGUCUCAUUCUCAUUCUCGAACUUCAUUCCGAGAAUCGUGACCUUCUCCUGCCAAUUUACUCUUGCGAGAAUCCUUUCCAUGUAAAAGCCUGAAAGUAUUUCUCGCCUUUUCAUCCUAUCUUCCAUUAUUUUCUUGCUCUUUUACCAUCUUCCUGCUCCUGAAAAUCUCAUACUCAAAUCAUGUUUUAGAUCGUACUUAAAUCUUUUUUUCCAAUUUGUUUCGCUUUUUCUACGACCAAUGAUCAAUUCAAAUUUGUAUUGUAUUGUAAAAUGAUUUUUCUAAUGAAAAAUUGUUUCAUAUCCUAUAAAUAUAUAAAUACAUAAAUGUAU